UCUUUAGCGCAUUAGGUGUCCUGGGAUCCGCGGUGACGUUAUCGGCAGGGCUGAGCCAUGUGACGGGGGCGUUGGCCUCUGGGGAAGGGGAGAGGCUACAGAGCUCUCUGGGCGAAGAGGAUGAGGAGGAACUGGAGCUGGAUGAAGAUCUGUCGGGAGGUUCACCUACAGAUGGCUCACCCCAAGCAGUGCUGCGUCCCAGUAAAGACCAAAAAAGAAAGAGGAAGAGUCAGAAAGGAAAGAGGAAGAACAGGAACGAUAGUAACAAUAGCACCACAGCCUUCAAUCCUGAACACACAUCAGGACACACGCCGGAGUUCACGACCGAGCACCCACACCAGACGUCAGGGCGUGUUACAGAGGACCCUUGUAGCUCCUCCCACCAGGCAUACUGUAUCCACGGAAACUGCAAGUACAUGGCGGACCUGAGAGAGCCAGUGUGUGUGUGUGAGAGGGGUUAUGACGGCGAGCGCUGUGGUAUCCUGCUCCUGCCUACGAGGAACGACGAAGAGGAGGAGAGCAGCAGAGCUGAGGUGGUUCAGACUGUUCUGGUCAUCAUAGCUGUGGUCCUCUCCAGCAUCAGCUGCCUCGCCAUACUACUCUUGACCUGCGCACAUUACAGGACUCAUAAGAACUUCCUGGCUGCCUACCUGGGCUCCGGCAGUGAGAAGGAACAGCUCCAGAAAACCACACCCUGUGACAUCACAGUGUGACCAUCAGCAGAGAACUUAAAGGUCUGGAACCAUAAUCUAGAACCAUGAGAACCGGAACAACCAGAGGAGAACCGGUGCCGACUCCUGCCCAAUGGAGUGAUCUACUGAACAGACAGCAGAGCGCUCUGUAGAAGAACCAGCGUAGAACCGCCUUGAAGAACCACAUAGAACCGCCUUGUUAUUAUUUAUUUGAUUUUACUUAUUUAUUGAUGACAGAAUUUUUGUUUUGACUGGGUUUGUGUUAGAUGUGAUUGGACCGUGAUGUUGAGCAUACCGUCCAAUAAUUUCACUACUAAGUUAUUGCUUAUUUAUUGCCAUGCCUCUCCUAGGGAACAACAGAGAGAUGCAGGUAUCGACGAUACUGGACAUAGAUGGAAUCUAUCAGUUCACCAAUAAAGUCCCUCAGUGUUAA